GGGCUCUGAAGCCCGGUCGUGGCUCUUGUCUCCCGGGGUUUGGCUCUUCGUUUGGCUCCUGCUGACGGCUGCGCAGACAGAGCUCAGAUGACUCUGCCCAGUACCUCAAUAGUUUUGGGUCCCUGUACUCCUCAACCACAUCGUAGAGACAGGAAAUGCUGCGAGUUCUUGGGUUCUCUGUCUUUAGGAUUUUAGGUUGCUCCAGCAUUUUAUGUGAACUGGAAAAGAGUGGAUCCAUGAACUUUUAAACAUAAACUAUAUAAAUGAGUAUAAAUAUUUGAUGAGAAACUUCCUUAUCUUAUGAAGAGAAGAUGAAUAAGACAAUAACUUCAUCAACAUAUGUAAGGUGCCUAAAUGUUGGCCUGAUUAGGCAGCUGGCAGAUUUUAUUGAUCCUCAGGAAGGAUGGAAGAAGUUAGCAGUUGAUAUAAAAAAGCCUUCUGGAGAUAGUAGAUAUAACCAAUUUCAUAUAAGGAGAUUUGAAGGAUUACUUCAAACUGGAAAGAGUCCCACUAGUGAACUACUCUUUGACUGGGGAACCACAAAUUGUACAGUUGGAGACCUUGUAGAUCUUUUAAUCAGAAAUGAAUUUCUAGCCCCAGCACGUCUGUUGCUGCCAGUUAACUUUGCAGAUAAUGUUCCAGAAAAUGUUCAUAUACUUCCACAAGAAGCCGUUCAAAAGAAAUUGCUGCCUCUUUAUGAUGAAGAAAAGACAUAUGUGAAACCUGUAUUUAUUCAGAAUCAUGAACAAAUCUCUUCACCUCUGGACUCCUCAAGUCCAGACAUGAAAAGUUUAGAAGUUAGCGAUACAUGUUUUCAGAGUUUUUCAUUUUAUGAAUUAAAAAGUAUUACAAAUAACUUUAAUGAGCACCCUAUAUCAGCUGGUGGAAACAAAAUGGGAGAAGGAGGCUUUGGAGUUGUAUAUAAAGGCUGUAUCAAUAACAGAACCGUGGCAGUGAAGAAACUUACAAAUAUGGCUGAUAUGUGUACAGAAGAACUAAAACAACAGUUUGAGCAAGAAAUAAAAAUUAUGGCAGAGUGUCAACAUGAAAACCUAGUGGAACUACUUGGCUUCUCAAGUGAUAAUGACAGCUUCUGCUUGGUAUAUGUCUAUAUGCCUAAUGGUUCGUUGCUUGACAGACUAUCUUGUCUGGAUGGUACUGCACCACUUUCCUGGCAUACAAGAUGCAAUAUUGCUCAAGGUACAGCUAAUGGCAUCUGCUAUUUACAUGCAAACCAUCAUGUUCAUAGAGAUAUUAAAAGUGCAAAUAUUUUACUUGAUGAGGACUUCAUACCCAAGAUUUCUGACUUUGGACUUUCACGAACUUCUGCAAAAUUUAACCAAACAGUCAUGACUAGCAGAAUUGUGGGAACAACAGCCUAUAUGGCACCUGAAGCUUUGCGAGGGGAGAUAACACCUAAAUCUGACAUUUAUAGCUUUGGUGUGGUCUUGCUAGAAAUAAUAACUGGACUUCCAGCAGUGGAUGAGCAACGUGAACCUCAAUUAUUGCUAGAUAUCAGAGAGGAAAUCGAAGAUGAAGAAAAGCAUAUUGAAGAUUAUAUUGAUGCAAAAAUGAAGGAUGUGGAUUCCAUUUCUGUUGAAAAUAUGUAUUCUAUUGCCAAUCUUUGUCUUCAUGAAAAGAAAAACAAGAGACCAGACAUUGAGAUGGUAAAACAGCACCUCCAAGAGAUGACAUCAUCCUGAUUUCCUAAGAUUUUAUUAAGAUACCAUCUAAAUUAAUCUUGGAUAUUGACUCCCAGGUUUGUUGGUCCAGAAAAAAAACAAAACGUUAAUAUAUAAAAUUUUGGAACCUCAUCUUCUGCAUCAGAACCUGAAUCUUUGAAUUUUAACUUAUUUUAAAUUUCUCUUGCUUCAUAAUCUGGCUCAGUUAUAGUCCGACUUUGAGCCUAUGCCAACUUGCAUAGCUCUCUUCAGGAACAAUUUUAUAAUCCUAAUGUAGUUGAAGAUUUAAAGGAUAACAUUUAAGUUUUACCAUAAUGCACCAGUAGAUCAAAAGGAACCCUAAUUUUAUAGUAUUUUUUCCUUUUGCUAUAUAGGAUACAAUCAUAUUAGAUCUUUUUGCAAUAGUGAAUAUGAUUCAAGAAAUAGUUCAGUCAUUUUCUUCUGUAUUUAGCAUAUAAUGGUUAAUUUUUAAAUCUGUUGUGAUAGAAAUUAAGGUAAACUGAGGGACAAAGUUCCCAGAACAUUCCAUGUAUUGGAAAGGCUAGCAAUUGCCAAUAAAAGGGGUCUGAACACCUCAGUCAAAAGACCAUGAGGGUAGGGCUUACUAGCCUUCAUAUAGUUAUGGGAAAUACAAAAGAACAAAGAAUAUGAAGCAUAACAUUAUGGUUACAAAAUCUGAAGUAUCAUAGAUGAUGAGAAACAAUGUAAUUGGAUGGAAGUCAGGAAUGCAGGACUAACAACAACCCCUUCUUCCAUCUUGUUGCUAUGGAAAGCUCAUUGCUGGUGUCCACCUGCAUGGAUAACAGUUUAGACUUUUGUGGAAGACAGCCAGCAUUGCAGAGAGAACAGACUUCCUGGCGCCCACCUGCAUCUUGCAAGGCUUGUUAGUGAGAUAACAGAUCUCCCUUAAUUGUACAUGGGCAGAAAGGUGUGGAGAGACAAUAUAUUUUUUUGAAUUAAGGUGAUUUAUGGGACAAUUUAGCUCAGAGAGGAAAGCUGAGUUGAACUUAAUUGAGAAAAAGAAACAUGGCUUAGGCAAUUUUAUAACAUAUAAGGGAUAAUACAGAAUAGAAUCAAUUACAAAAUGGAAUCAGAAUCAUUUUGAUUUUCUCACUGUGAACUGAUUCAACCAUCCUGGAAAGCAGUUUGGAAUUAUGCUAAGUAAGUAACCCUCCCAGAGAUCUGACUGCAGAAUGUGAGAUUUCAUAUAUGCCAAAAUAAGCAUACCAGCACCUUUUAUGGUAGCAAAAAACUAAUUCCCAUUCACUGGGGGAUGACUAAACAGAUUUUAGUCUGAAAUGUAGUUGUACUGUGCAGGAAGAAACAAAUAUAAAGAAUUGAGAGGCGUGGGAAGAUAUGAGAAAUAAUGCAGUGAAAAAAAGAACCAAGAAAACAGUAGAGUGGCUACAACAAAACAAAAAUAAAGCACAAAGGCCACAAAAAUGAAUACUGUGUAAUUAUAGUGAACAAACUUGCCUCCAAAGAAAAUAUGCCUCCCUUUUUUGCAGAAGUGAGAACUCUGGGAGUAGAGCAUUGCUUGUUAUACUUGGUUGGCGUGUCAGUUUGUUUUGCCAAAAUGCUUUUUUUUAAUUUUUUUUUUGUUUCAAGAGAUAGUUCUCAGUAGAGGGGGAGGAAGAGGGUAAUAGCUGUAAAUAAAAGUGAUUUAAAAACAAAAAAUAUCAAUAAGAAUUAAUUUUUAAAGAUCAGUUGUUGACUAAAAUUAUUUAGAAGGUACUUCAGCAUAUGUGGAACAGGAGUGAUCUAGAAACAUGUUUAGAAAAGCAUGCCCAGGUUUUGGCAUACUCAUUGAGGUAUUUUAAAAUAACUGUACCUAGAGAGUAAAUAUGCAGUCAUUCAAAUUACCUUUUUAAUAUCAAGUAUUAAAGGAAAAAACAAUUUUUAGUUAAAAUGAGAAAAUGAAAAGUCACAGUCAUAAAAAUUAAUUUAGCCUAGAAGUAGGAUCAUCAGGACCCCAGCUGUUUUGAAAUAGAGAAUGGCUAUUAGAUGGUAAUGACCUUAAAAUAAAAUUCAAUAUAAUUCAUUCCCUAAAAUAAGCUUUGUCAAGUAACUUAUCUGUGGUUCUUUUGCCUUCUAUAAGUAGAAAUCAAACCACCUUGAAAUACAUAGUGGACAACUUAUUUUAUAACAUUGUAUAAUUUUGUGAAUGUUCUGAUAAUGUUUAAAUUGUGUUAUAUUUUACAUAUUAAAAAUGAGGCAAAUAAUAA